AUGAACAUUUCUCUUUCGGUAAUGCUUCAGAAACAGACAUAUAUACUGUAAGAAAAAAUGGUGACCAUGAGUGCAAGAAUUGCAGGGUUAAUUCUGUUGCUCUGUGUUUUGGUUGCUGGAAAGCUCUCUACUGCAUUCUUAGUUACUCAGCAAGGUGGAGGUGAUUAUUAUCCAGCUCGAAAAUUCAGCAUUAAUGUUGCUUCAAGAAAAGAGGUUGCUCCUGAGGGUACACCGGGUACGAGCAAAAAUAGUAUCAGAGGGCGAACGAUGGCAUUUGAUAGUCACCAAUCUACGAAGGCGGAGACAAGAAAAGAAAUUGGCAUGGAAUCAAAAAUGCAAAAAACAUACAGAAUUCUGGUGUCUAGAGAAGAUUAUCGUGCUAGAUUUGUUGCCUUCAAUGCAGAUUACAAGGGUCCUAGGCAUCACCCACCUAAGAACAAUUGAGCAUUAUAUAAUUAUCAUAUAUAUAUAUAUAUAUAUGUUUUGCUUAUAUAUCUAUCUGUGUUUUGAGAAAUAUCUGUUACUACAUAUGUUUUGCUAGUUCAGAAAACUCCGAAUGUUGUCAGUGUC